AUGGAUAUUGUUUCUCGGGAUAUUGAAAAGGCCGAGCUCGAUGCUGGUCAAGGCCACUUGCACCCUCCGUUCGAGCAAGAACUAUCCCAACAGCUAUCCCGGUCCUCCAUAUCCUCUUCAAGAACCAGUUCUUCCGUCGCGUCCAGCCUAGGAGGUGCAGACGUGUUCAGAGCGCCAACGUAUCGAGACUUGGAGCGUCAUCCCACCGCACUGAGCCGCAUCGCUACUCAGCGGAGCCAACAUAGCGCAACAGUUGGAGCGGGGGUUCGUUCGAGGGUCCCAAAGGGUCCUCUGCCGCCAUUCGGCGCAGGGAAGCCAUAUCCCCCGCCGUUACCGGAAAAGGAGGAGUAUGUCGUUGAAUUUGACGGUCCAAAUGACCCUCUGCAUCCUCAGAACUGGUCCAUGAAACGAAAGGUAGCCACCGCCGUGAUGCUUGCCUGGACGACUAUUAUCUCAUCCUUUACUAGCAGCAUCUUUUCCACCGCGACGGGCGAUAUAGCUAGAAUAUUUGGCGUCUCUACUGAAGUCGGCAUUUUGGGACUAUCGCUCUUCGUCCUUGGCUACGCAACCGGUCCCAUUAUUUGGGCGCCUCUGUCUGAGCUCAAGGGGCGCCGUUUACCAAUUGUCGUGGGCAUGUUCGGCUUCACAGUUUUCCAGUUUGGCGUCGCAGCCGCGAAGGACCUCCAAACAGUUAUGCUCUGCCGUUUCUUCGGAGGCUUCUUCGGCGCUUGUCCGAUAGCUGUCGUCGCCGCUAUCUUCUCUGACAUGUUCGAUAACCGACUCAGAGGCCUUGCCAUCACACCUUUUUCCAUGACCGUCUUCACCGGCCCGCUCCUAGCACCGUUCAUUGGCGGUUUUAUUGUCGAAAGUCACCUUGGUUGGCGUUGGACUGCGUAUCUACCUGGAAUCCUGGGUGCCAGCGCUUUGCUCCUUGAUUACUUUUUCCUUGCGGAAACCUACCCGCCCGUUGUCCUUAUCCAAAAAGCGGCCGAGUUACGUCGUCGGACUAAGAACUGGGGAAUUCAUGCGAAACAAGAGGAGAUUGAAGUCGAUUUUACCGAGUUGGUCGAGAAGAACUUCAGUCGACCGCUCAAAAUUCUCUUCACCGAGCCCAUUGUUCUCCUUCUUAGCAUAUAUACCGCUUUUAUAUAUGGCCUCCUCUAUCUCUUUCUCACCGCUUACCCGAUUGUGUUCCAGCAGAUCCAUGGCUUUAGUAAGGGCAUCGGAGGCCUCCCCUAUUUCGGUAUGAUUGUUGGCCAACUCAUCGGUGGCAUGUCGAUUAUCCUUUCGCAACCCUGGUAUGCUCGAAAACUUGCUGCAAAUAAUAAUGUUACGGUUCCUGAAUGGCGUCUUUCCUCAUGUCAUUGUUGGAGGGAUCGCAUUUGCAGCCGGUGCGGCUUCUGCUAUAGCUGCCAACGCUCUCCUUCGAUCAGUUGCCGCAGCCGGAUUUCCGCUCUUCUCACAUUCAAUGGAAUGGGGGUCAAUUGGGCAGGGACUCUGUUAGGCUGCAUUGCUGUUGUCCUGGCACCAAUUCCAUUCAUUUUCUACAUGUACGGACACCGGAUUCGUGCAAGGAGUAAAUUUACGCCGCAAUUCGCAUCGGAAGAGGAAUUGGAGUAUCAACAAUGA